AUGAGCUCUUCCGCCCAACCUGCGGAGCCCGUGCCAAAGGCCGAUAGAGAGAGGAAGGGAAUUGUCAAGGUGUUUGCCAAGGUCAAGGGCGUUUUGCGAAGAACUGGCACUGAGCGCCAACCGUCUGCUGCCGCCAGAAGCGGUGCUGUCGCUACAGCUGCCACAACUCCUGGAACCAAGACUGAGGAUGCUCCCAAGCUUAUCAGCCAUGUCGACGCCAAAGCUGCAGAGGCUAGAGCUCUCUAUGAGGCCAUGCCCGGUGUCAGCCGGCUCUCUAAGCUGGAGCUGUUUGAAGAGCGGGCAAAGAAGCUGAAUGAGCGAUUUGGCCUGGAGAUUCAUCCCAUGGAAUGGCAGAGCGCCAUCCCCAGCGACACCGUCCUUCGCAUGGAUAAACCCAUUCGAAUGCGCAUUCGACGGACCUGCCAUCGCUGCAACGCUACCUUUGGCGCCACCAAGGAAUGCCCCAACUGCAGCCAUAGCCGCUGUACCAAAUGCACGCGGUACCCACCAAAGCGCUCCGAGGCCGAGAUCGUCGCUAGUCGUGAAAGGAGAGCCGCCCAGAUCAAGGCCAACCGCGAGAAUGCCCCGAUACUGCCCGACUACGCCCCAAUCGAAAAAGAGAUUGUUCUUAAGCGCCCAAGCAAGACCGGGGGCCAGGAUCUCAUCCACAAGAAGCCCCGUCAACGUGUCCGACGAACUUGCCACGAAUGCGAUACACUCUUCACGGCCGGAACAAAGACAUGUGAGAAGUGCAAGCAUGUUCGCUGCACGGACUGUCCCAGAGACCCGCCCAAGAAAGACAAAUAUCCGUUUGGCUACCCUGGCGAUGCAUUUGGACCAAAGAGCGUGCCUCACUACGAGUGCUUAAACUGCAAAACCGUUUAUCCCACCGGGGUCGAAGACGGGACGGAAUGCAGGAAAUGCAAGUUUCCAAAGUCGCAUGCCUCUCCUCGCGCUCUGCCUCGUAAGGUAGAACCAACACCCGACCCAGAGGUCAUACGAAGGCUGCAGUCCAAGCUGGACGGCCUAAAUCUCACAUAG